AAUCAAGAAAAAAAAAAAAAAACUCAGAUUCGAGCAAUGACGGUCACGAGAAACUUAUCAUGUUCGAACUCCACCAGCCACUCAGGAAGCUCAAGACCGAUCGAAGAGAUCGCCAAGGAAAUCAAACAGACAAAUGCGAAGCUACUUCAGCUUCAACUGGAACUCAGCCACGCAUUGAAGUCUCAAAAAGUCGAUUCGCUUAAGCAGGACUCGUUACCGCUCGAUGAUUAUAUCCGUUAUGGACGACAAAUGAUUGUCUCCCAAGUUGGACUAACAGGCCAACUAAAGCUCAAAAAAGCAUCGGUUCUAGUCAUCGGCGCCGGAGGAUUAGGUUGUCCUGCAUUGCUUUACCUUGUCAGAGCGGGCGUUGGAAAUGUAUCUAUCGUUGACCAUGACACCGUCGAGCUCUCAAACCUACAUCGUCAAGUCUUGCAUACUGACUCGACCGUUGGUUUGAAUAAAGCGGAAUCCGCACGAAUCAACCUAUUGGCGGGGAAUCCAUCUGUCAAAAUCACCGCCUAUCCCAUGCCGUUUAUGAUGUCAAGAAUGUCCAACCCGAGCAAAGAAAAAGUUGAUGAUUCGACCCCAAAUCUCUUACCGGACAUCAGUCAAUUCUCGCUUGUUCUCGAUUGCACCGACAACCCAGCGAGUCGUUACUUGAUAUCGGACGCUUGCGCCGCCUACGGAAUCCCAUUAGUGUCUGGUGCUGCAAUCCGAACCGAGGGGCAAUUAGCUGUCUGGAACCUACCACCCCCAUCUGAUUCUUCCCAUGAUCGCGGUCCAUGUUAUCGCUGUAUAUUUCCAGAAACGGAUCAAAUUCGGGUCGAGCGAUGCGCAGAUGAAGGCGUCUUGGGCCCUGCAGUCGGGGUCGUUGGGGUGCUCAUGGCCUGGGAAGCUAUUCGUCUCUUGAUUGGUAUCCAUGACCUCACACCCAAAUUGCUUCUCGUGCCUUCUUUCCGGUCCAUCAAGCUACGCAAAGCAAAAAAAGAUUGCCUGGGAUGUAGUGCCCCCAGUAAGACUGCUUUUUUGGAACGCAUCCGAGUCCAGCCGUCGGGAUCGCAUGGGGAAGCUAGUUCAGAAGUCGAUACCUUAUCGAACGCGUGUUCGAUGGGUUCUCAGCAGCCCGUAAUUCAGACUUCUACCGAGCGUAUCACAGCUAAUGAUCUUCUGUCGAAUAAAUACCAGCUUAAUCAAUUUCGCUUGCUCGAUGUCCGGCCUAGAACUCAGUUUGAGAUUUGCGCACUCCCGAACUCCAUUAACAUUCCAAUAACCGAAGCCUUAGAAAAUCCAGAAUCAACGAUUGAAAGGUUAAGGAAGGUUACACACAACGCGUUGAAGAAUGAAGACAGGACGAGUGCACUCAAGAAUCAGUGCGACUGGUUGGUGGUAUGUAGGCGUGGUAACGACUCGCUCUUAGCCGCAGAUGCCUUGAACAGUGUCAUCUCCGCCUCUACUCCUCAUCGAGAACAAGAUCAUACAAUCAAAAAUGAAAAGUUUAUGGAUCUUGUUGGGGGCUUGGAGACGUAUAGUCUUGUCCUUGAUCCCACCUUUCCACUAUAUUAACUUCAGAAUUUCUUCUGUGUAUAUGUUACAUUACACUGGAAUUGAUGCCUGCAGGAUUCUUUCUAAUAUUACUCAACGGUGGGAACAGUAUACUAUGAUAGCGUAUGUUAUCUGCGUGUCGGAAAGUCCUCAGCUGAUGUCCAUACCAGUCAUCGUUACUGAUACCAAGGAAAUUUCCUCGAAUAUUUGUAGUUAUCAUGUUUACCUUCCUGAACAUG